AAGCUUAUCAUAAUUCAAGUGAAAUGUUUCAAAAAUUAUUAAUCGUUAUGUGCAUUGUUUAACCGCAAAUAAAUUAAAUUUGAAUUUAGUCAACUGUUCGCGUGGCAAUCAAUGUUUACAGUCGUUCCCUGCGAAUGGCAAUAAAAUCAUCGGUAUUCAUGAGUCAGCGGAGUGUAACUGUUCCUCUCUAUAGAAAUACUCUUUGUUAUCGCUUUACUCUCUUUCACUUUGCGACGGCGACGGCGCAGUUCACUUGACUUUGCGUAAACUAAUAUAAUUUUUUGGUAGUCCUGCGAUCCAACUGCGCCCAAAAGAACACACACGCACACACACUUGCUAAACACAGGCGUGUAAUAGAUCUUGACCGCAAUUGGCCUUGACUGGAGCGUGUGCCGGUGUGUGUGGCAAAACCAACAAUAAAAAAUUAUAUAUAAGAAAAUACUAAGCCCCGCACGGUGUGUUCAUGUGUGUGUAUGUUGUGUGUGUACAAUUCGUAAAAUUUUAUUAGCGUGGAGCGCAUUGGAGUACACCCAAGUGCUAAGUGCCAAGUGCGCGCGUGGCUAUAGACAUAACCAACCCCAAAUGCAACAAUAUUAUCCACAACAAUAACCACAACACCAACGCAGAAAGUCUUCAUCCGGAACAGUUCCUUUACUAUAAGCCACACUCCAGUUUCUGCUUAAACGGGCAGUUCUACUUGAGUUACAAUUUAAUUGAUAUUCAAUUUAUUACUUCAACGGCGUUUCAAGGCCGUACAAUUAUGGAUCUAUAUGCCAAGAGUGCCAACACAACCAGCAGCAGCAGCAGCAGCAAUAGCAACAGCAAUGAGAAACAAGAGCACGUUGUCACCCCCGCCAGCAGCAGCGGAGCAGCAGCAUCAGCAUCAGCAUCAGCAUCAUUAUGCUUAUUAUAUCAGAUAGCAUCAGUAGGAAAAGCAAGAGCAACAACAACAUUAGCAACAACAACAACAACAACAACAACAACAUCCACAGAUGAUUCAUUAUAUUUGCUAUCCCAAUUUCAGGAUAAGCCUCAAAGAAUUUCUAAAGUGCAUUCAGCAUUUGGAAACUUUGUGGGUGGCAAACGCAAGCGAAAACGGAACUCAUUUUUGCCUGAGGAUCCUGAACUUGGCUGCGAACCGCCAUCAGCGAAGCGUCAACAGCGUUUGGCUGACGUUAGCACGGCUUGUUGCAGGAAUCAGGAUAGUAAAAAGUCCGCUGUGUCCGCCGGUCCGGUGUACACAUCGCCAGUGGCAUCGACGACGACCAGCGAGACGGCUACACAGGAACUGCUAAGCUUGCGCAGCUUGCCAGCUGCGGAGCUGCCGAAGCAGCCGCCGCACAGUCCACUGCCCGAUAGCCCAGACAGUCCGCCCAGUCCGGAUCGCGGUGCCAAACAGCAGCCGGUGGUGGUGCGCUAUGCGAGCGAAGAUAUUGUUGCUCACCAGGAUGAGAUGCUGGAUGAUAGCUACGAGGAGAGUUUCUUUGAUGAGGACCCAGAAGAUGAGGAUGACGAUGACGAUGACGAUGCCGAUGCCGAUGACGCAAUUGGUGACAUCAAUUCAUCCAGCUCAUCGCCCGCCUCCUCCACAGCCACCGGCUGCAGUCAGAAUGGCGAGCGAACGCCAGCGACGCAACACGUGCCGGCGGCACAGCAUCCAAACGAUGGCAGCAGUCGCAAUAAUGCUUUGAGGAAAUUCAAUGGACUCGACGAGUCCAGUGCAUACGCCAACUACAAAUGCCUGUCGCCUGCUGCAGAGAUACCGCUGCGCCAGUGUCCGCUGCCCUCGCUGUCCUGGGCCAAUGCGGCGGAAGUGUGGAAACGGAUGUGCCUGCGCGACGAACAGGAUUCGCAUUUGCGCAGCAGCAGCAUGCUCGAGCACCAUCCCGGCCUGCAGCCGCGCAUGCGCGCCAUCCUGCUCGACUGGCUGAUCGAGGUGUGCGAGGUGUACAAAUUGCAUCGGGAAACCUUCUACUUGGCUGUCGAUUACUUGGAUCGGUAUUUGCAUGUCGCACGACAGGUGCAGAAGACCCAUCUGCAGCUAUUCGGCAUCACCUGUCUGUUUGUCGCUGCCAAAGUCGAGGAAAUCUAUCCGCCCAAAAUAUGUGAGUUCGCCUAUGUGACAGACGGCGCCUGCACCGAACGCGACAUACUGCAGCACGAGAAGCUGCUCCUGCAGGCAAUCAACUGGGACAUCUGCCCCAUCACGGCAACCGCUUGGCUCGGCGUCUAUAUGCAGCUUAAUGUCAGCAAUCGCACGCCAGCUGCAUUCUCACAGAUUGGCAGGCAGGCGAGAUCGACAACUCAAGCGGGAGCGGCGUCAACUUGUGAUGAUGCCUUCAUCUAUCCGCAAUUCUCGGCCUAUGAGUUUGUCCAAACAUCACAACUGCUCGAUCUGUGCACACUCGACGUGGGCAUGGCCAAUUAUCCAUAUUCAAUAUUGGCUGCAGCAGCCAUGAGUCAUACAUUCAGUCGUGAAACGGCUUUGCGCAGCUCUGGCCUCGAUUGGGAAGCGAUUCAGCCGUGCGCCCGUUGGAUGGAGCCCUUCUUCCAUGUCAUAUCGAAGCGAGCGCCUUACCUGAUGCUGAAUGAACAGAACGAGCAGGUGACAAAUAAAUUUGGACUCGGCCACAUUUGUAACAGCAUUGUGACCGACGAUUCGCACAUAAUACAAACCCACACAACCACAAUGGAUAUGUAUGAUGAAUUGUUGAUGGCACAGAAUGCAUUGCAUGAAAUGCGCACUCGCACUCAGGCCUCGCCGGCGACGGCGCUGCGAGCACCCGUAAGUCUAUUAACGCCGCCAGCCUCUAGUCACAAGCCGGAUCUGGAUAUCAAUGAGGAUGAGGAAGAGGAGCCGCAGAAGAAGCAGCAUGUGGCAGCAGCAGCUAGCAACACCAACAUCAACAGUAGCAGCAGCAGCAGCAGCUCGUCUACUCGAGCGCCGCUUACGCCUAUAUAUCCUGCGCAUCCUGGCAGCAGCGGUGCUUAAGCUCUGCUGCUCUGUCUCGCUCGCGCUCUACCUCUCGCCCUCGCCCUCGCCCUCGCCCUCGCCCCUUCUCUCUUUCUCUGUCUUGCGCACUGUGUAAACCCGCCCUUACAGAUUUUAAGUUAAGUGUUUCUAAUAUGCAUAUAUAUUAUAUAAAAAAAAACAGCAUAUAUAUUAUAAAUUAUUUAAAAUUAAGAAGAAAGUUAAUUAGUUGCUUAAAAAA